AUGUCAUAUUCCCGAGGGAAAUUUAGAAUGGAUAAAUUACGAACGGGACUCAAACAAAAUAAGAAAAAAAGGAUAACGAUAGAAAAGAAAAAGGAAGUUGUUAAAAAUUACGAAAGCGGAGUAUCCGUAACGGAUCUAUCGAAACUCUUCGGCAUAGCAAAAUCGACAAUAUCGACGAUACUUCGGAAAAAAGAUGCGAUAAAAACGGCGGAUGUCGCGACGGGUAUAACGGUCAUAACAAAACAAAGACCGAAAAUGUUGGACGAAGUUGAAAAAUCACUAAUAAAAUGGAUAGAAGAGAAUAAAACGUGUAAGAACACGACGAGCGAUGCUGCAGUUUGCGAAAAAGCGAGACAAUUGUAUAAAGAUUUACUCAAGGGAAAAUUAGAGUCGACGGAAAAUCAUAAAGAAUUCAAAGCGAGCAGAGGAUGGUUUAAAAAAUUUAAAAAACGUACGGGUUUACUCAUCAAACCUGAUUACAAUAAAAUUCAAUUGGAAAAUUCAAAUGAUGAUUUGUUCGAAACCGAUGACGUCGUCAUCAAAUCCGAAAACGUUUUCUUCAAUUGGGACAUUGAUAUCGAUGGAGGAACGGCUACGACCACGACGACGGCUACGGCAACUAUGACCAUGACGAGAAAUGAAAUAUUCAAAGAGAAUAAUUCAUUUGUUUACGAAAAUAAUAAUAAUAAUGAUUACGUUCGUUAUGCGAACACAUCAACGGGGAUUAAAAAAGACGAACCCAAACGUUUGUUAAAAUACAAGAGGAAAAAAAUAACGCCGUAUUCAAUCGUCGUGAAAGACAUGUUGAACAAAUGGAACGAUUUGGAAAAAUUCACGAGAGAAUUUCAUCCGGAUAAGGAUUUGGCGGGAAAAACGAUUAACGUAUUCAACGUCAACGUCAUGUCUCAUUUCGCGAGAAUUCUUCAAAAGCGAAAACAAUCUCCCGCGUCCAAUUCGAUUAACGUAAUUAAUUCAAUUAACGUCGAAAGAAAAAUUGUAAACAAAUCCGAAUAA